GUGCUUUAUAGGGUCAUAUAUUUCUGCGAUACCUAUUGACUCGCCUUCGACAACCAUGUCGCGAUACCUCGAUCACAGCCUCUCAGACCCGACCCUGUCAAGGACCGUUAUGAGUGCAAACGCAUUCGUCGAUCGAGCUGAUCUGGAAGCCCACAUCAAAGAUCUAAUCACAUGCGUGAAGACCAACCAAGAGGUGGUCGUGACAGACUUAAGACCGUCCUGGGGGGAGGAAACCAUCGAUUCGAUCAACCGGUCCAACGACGGAGAAUCAACGCGGCAAUCCAGGGUCCUACGCAUUGUCAUGAUGCCGACGGAGCUCAAUGCAUGCCACCAAGACUGGCUCUUCGUCUCCAUGGCAAACCUCCGGAAUAGUGGCGACUUGACAGACAGCGAGUUCCGGCAACUCCGCCUUCGAGUCGGGACCACGCUCGAGUUCCGUUCUGGGCCCUAUCGCGGCUCGCGAAAGGAGCCGGACUUUUUCCUGCGAAUCGACCAUGAAAUAUUGCCCCCUCUGGCAAUCGAGAGUGGCGAUGGGGAGAUCAAUACAGUGAUCAUCAUCAACUGGGAUUGCAACCGCAGCACGAGACAUGUGAGUGGCUUCGUCGAUCUGUAUGUGCGAGAUCAAAACGGCAUGCCGGUCCGUCGCCAAAGAGAGGUUGUGUUCCCUGCUCCCGCCCCGACACCGAUUCCACAGAGACUGGAGUUGACGAGACAGGAGGUUUUCGGCAGGCAUCUAGUUCCAGAUACAACUCGUACUGGGUCCCCCAGUGCGAUGGUGUAUCUGGAACUGGAUAUACUUCGCCAAGAGGCAUCGGAGGCACUGCGUCAUAUGAACCUCCUUCCUGCAUAGCUCACUUCUCUGAUUGAAUCUUUUACCACUUGUCAGGGAUAUUGAUUGUCCUAUUGGUAGAGUAUUCGACUAUCUUGACUAACCUCUGCUACAGUCAGUAUAGCACCACUAUCACAUCUAUAACUAGGGGCUGAAGCAAGUGAUAAGCUAAUCUAAUG